UAACAUUUCUUAUUUCUAUAUUGAAUUAUGUAUACAUACCAAUAUUUGGUACUUUUACAGAUUUUUAUACAAAUAUUAAUCGCCGAUGCAUAGCAUGCACACUUAUAAAAAACAAAACAUACAGUGGAAAGGAAUAAUUAAUAAUUAUUUGUGAAUUUAUCAUUUUAAAGUAAAAAGUACUUUUCAUAAAAUGACAAAAACUGAGACUAUUAGUCUUAUGAAAAAGAUACAGCAAUGUGAAGAGAUUUUAAAAGACUUUUGGGACCGUGUUGAUAAAAUGCAAAAAAAGCUAAAUAGUAGAUUAUUAACAAUAGAAGAUCGUGAGAGAUUAGAACUUGAAUUAGAAAAACUACAAGAAGUUUUGAAAAAGAAUGAAGAUAUUCUAAAAAAACUACGUCGCAAAAAUAGUCAAUCUUUCAUGGUUGCUGCAAGUUUAAUAUUCAUUUGUUUUCUCUUAUUUGGAAUUUAUUCUAUGUUUUUUGGAAAGAUUUAAGCAUUUAUAUUAUAAUAUAAUCAAAUAAAUUUUUUAUAUGAA